GUCUGUGGGAUUAAUUUCAUGUCGAUGUCGCUGUUAUCGUUGUCGUUGUCAUUUGUGUUGUGCUUUGUUACCGAUACGAAGGAAUACCAAGUGAAGGGGUUGGGCAAAAGAGAUCGCCGCAAGCAUUUCGAAGAUCCCCCACCGGUAAAGCUAUCUCCGAACGCCGAUUGUUUAUUUGAGACAUCCUGACCUAUCAAUGGCUUCUAGAAUAAAAAAUUGGAUCUUGAAAAGGUCAUCAUCGACAAAUGAUGCUCAAAAUUCAAGAGGAAAACAGUGUCAAAAAGCAAAAGGUUCAGAUUCGCCUGUCACCGGUACUAAACUUAGACACCAGUUGUCAAUUGAUGAUGUAGCAAAAUCUUCCAAAGCAUACGAUAGCGUGAGCCGUGAGGGAACGAGUAGAGGCGGUGGAAAAUUUUGUACACAGCGUGAAUCAGCAAAAGCUCCCAUGGUUCUAGGACAUCGGCAAGGCAUUACAAAAUCCAAGGAAUAUGAUAAGUCCAGUACGGCACCAGCCGAUGCUGAUAUCCAGGGCCGGGGAAGAGAAUUCUCUCCACGUAUGAUCUCCGGAUUUGGGCUGGGGUCUCCUUCGUUUUUGCGACGAAAGAAGUCCAAUGUUUUGCAGUCGCGGCCUCGACCUAUCUCUUUGGAAUAUCCCAACUCAACACACACGGUGCCGAAGCUACCCAACUCGGCCUAUUCCCCCCAAGCGUACGAACCUGUAGCAAGGUCUACACAGUCUGUGCAGAAUCAUAAACGACAGUCAUCGCGUUCCUCCAAUUCAUACAUCGAUGUCUUAGAUGCGCAUGACAAUUUGAAAGGUGGACGGGAAAACUCCAGGAAUCGCACGAUGGCUGCUGGAGUGAGAAUUUAUGGAGAAGAUGUAGCGAAUCGAAAUUUGGCCAUGGAAAGUUCCCAAGAAGAUCCUAGCAACCCCCAAUAUAGCUAUUUAAGAUCGAGAUGCUAUGGUGUGGCUGAGACUGAAGGGUCUAAACAUUCUAGACCUAGACCUCCGGAGUUCAUUCCUAAAAAUGACGACACAAAGACAUCCCAACAAGAUCCAUCUUACAUCCAAAGUGUAUCAGGGCCUCUUUUUUUCCUUACCGGGUCUCCACCUGAGACGAUAUUAGGUUCUGCCGAGUACGCUUGUUCCACUAGCACCUGCCAUAGCGAAGAUAGCAGGGCUUCUGAUAAUCAUGCAAGUAAAUUUGAUCGUCAUCAAGGGGAUCUAGAAGCAUUACCAUACAUUUUUGAAGCCACAAAUUACACUUCAUCAAGUCGAGAAGCACGUCGUCGAGCAUUUGUUUUUACACCGUCGCAUCCAAUCCAUUCGGUAUCACAUCUUGAAUCUUCAAAUAUUAUCAAUUCAUCAAGUAGCAUUUUUCCAAUGAAAGAAACACUACGAACCAAUUCGGUGCGGGAUCGAGGCACUUCCCAUUCAACCUCUGCUACCACUUCGGCGGGUCAUAAUCACGAUUUGUCUUCAGAAAAUGGAGUUUCUGGUAAUCUCUCUAACAGAACUCCUCGAUCAAUGCCAUCGCCAUCAAAAUAUGCUCCUUUUCCUACAGGCAAAAAAGUAGAGGCUACAAGCAAUGGAAAUGACAUGCGUGUUAAUGGCACCAAAUUUCCCAUUGCAAAGGGACAGAAGCAUACCUCUUCUUCAAUGCCUGAUCAUUUUGGGAUGAAUGGCUCAUAUCUUAUUGGAGAAAGGGCGGAGCCCAUAGGCCUCGAAGGUGUGGUAGAUCUUACCAAUACUGUGGAUACUACUGUACACGAAAAGGUUGCACCCGCUGUUGUUCAUGAACAUAUCUUGCCGACUUCACACGAGAUUAUAACAAAAGAAAUCUAUCGAGAAAUUCAUCAACAUCAUUGGUAUCAUCGAGUUCUUCCAGUUAUUGAUACCGAGGUCCUACCAGCCAAACAUUAUGUUUAUGGCGAUGAUUAUGGAGAUACACUGGUUAGAAUACCAGAGUCGAUGGUACGGGGUCAUACCAUCACAGGAACCUAUUCUCAAAAUUGGUCCAUUGUACAUCACCCACAAGCUCCAGCCGCCGAAGAUCCCUUUGAUUCACCACUAUUCGGAGUCGAACCAGAAUUACCAGACACAAAAUAUGUAACACACUUUGGACCAGACUCGGAAGGCGGGCUUCAAUGGUCUCAUGUACCUGGUGAGCCGGUGAAAGUCAUGGAACGAGAGUACAUCACCGCAGAAGGUUUCCCUCGCAAGGAAACUUGGUGGAGAUAUCCCCCAGUCAUGGCGACUGCCGCUCAGGAUGCUGGCCUAACAGUACCCAUGUAUUGGAAUCAUGUACCAGCUGGGAAAGAACAAACUGUUGCAGAAGCACCAAUAUUGGCCCCUAAGAAAGAGAAGAAGAUUAAGGAACUUCGCGAUUUGGAACAUGCACAAGCAGUUGAAUAUAAUGAACUCGACCAUAUAGAUUCCAACAUGCAAAAGCUUCGCGAACAAAAACUUUACGAUGGUCUUUCAGAUUCGGAUUCAAAACAUGCCCAAGAGCUCAAUGGUAUGCACUCACAUUCGCUCCCGAGAAAGCCAGUUGCAAAUCAGCAAACGUAUGAAAGACCGCCAACUAGAGAUUCGGGAUAUGGUGGCUUGGAUAGUUCUCCUUCGUCUGUGGGAAAGGGACCAUCGCAUUAUAGAGAUACCUCAGGUUCGAGUAUAUCAAGUCUCCUUGGUCGAGUACGAGGCGAGGAUGGAAUAAAGUCCACUCCUGUAGAUGGAGAAGCUACCAAAUAUCUACAGAGAAUGAGAGAAAAGAGACGGAGCUCAAGUUCUUCUGCAGGCACUACUUCUAGGUCUUGGGGCAGAAGAAGUGAGGAUGUUCAAAGAGGUCCCAAUUUUACCUUGCCCGAGAGACCCAAAAAGCCUGAACAUCAUUUCGGCGCUCCAACAACAUUGCAAUAAAUAGUAUGGAUUGGUACAACUGAAUGUUUGGGUUUGGAUUGUAGAAUCAUGAGGAGGCGCGUUCACUCCAUGUUUAUACCUUAAUUGUCACAAAAUCCCUGUAUGAUAGAAAAAUAGAAAGCCGUGUAAUUAUUAGAAUUUUCA